CUGUCAUGGUGGCUCACACAGGAUAAAACUGAAACGUUUUGUUGUGCUUUUUUCCUGUGGUUGUUUUCUGAACCCCUCAGGUUUUAUUUUUAGAGUAAUUGUUUGGAGCAAGCCAUCAGCGUCAUGGCGUCCACUGCUGCCGGCAAACAGCGGAUACCAAAAGUGGCGAAGGUGAAGAAUAAAGCUCCUGCAGAGGUGCAGAUCACCGCCGAGCAGCUGCUGAGAGAAGCCAAAGAAAGGGAACUCGAGCUUCUCCCACCCCCACCCAAACAGAAGAUCACUGAUAAGGAGGAGCUGAAUGAUUACAAGCUGAAGAAGAGGAAGGGGUUUGAGGACAACAUCAGAAAGAAUCGCACCAUCAUCAGUAACUGGAUUAAAUACGCACAAUGGGAAGAAAGCCUGAAGGAAAUCCAGAGGGCUCGCUCCAUUUACGAGCGUGCGCUGGACGUGGAUCACCGCAACAUCACGCUGUGGCUGAAGUACGCCGAGAUGGAGAUGAAGAGCCGGCAGGUGAACCACGCCCGCAACAUCUGGGACCGAGCCAUAACCAUCCUCCCUCGAGUCAACCAGUUCUGGUAUAAGUACACCUACAUGGAGGAGAUGCUGGGGAACGUGGCCGGCUGCCGGCAGGUGUUUGAGCGCUGGAUGGAGUGGGAGCCCGACGAGCAAGCCUGGCACUCCUACAUCAACUUUGAGCUGCGCUACAAAGAAGUGGACAAAGCGCGCAUAAUCUAUGAGAAAUUCGUCAUCGUUCACCCUGAAGUAAAGAACUGGAUCAAGUACGCUCGCUUCGAGGAGAAGCACGGCUACAUCGCUCACAGCAGGAAGGUCUACGAGAGGGCGGUGGAGUUCUUCGGGGAGGAGCAUGUGGAUGAAAACCUCUUCGUGGCCUUCGCCCGGUUUGAGGAGACGCAGAAGGAGUUUGAGCGUGUCCGGGUGAUCUACAAGUACGCGCUGGACAGGAUUCCCAAACACCAGGCACAGGAGCUCUUCAAGAACUACACCAUGUUUGAGAAGAAGUUUGGAGACCGGAGGGGAAUCGAGGACGUCAUCGUUAGCAAACGCCGAUUCCAAUAUGAAGAGGAAGUCAAGGCCAACCCACACAACUACGACGCCUGGUUUGAUUACCUUCGCCUGGUGGAGAGCGACACUGACGUGGACACCGUUCGAGAAGUUUACGAGAGAGCCAUCGCAAACAUCCCCCCCAUACAGGAGAAGAGACACUGGAGGAGAUACAUCUACCUGUGGAUCAACUACUCCCUGUAUGAGGAGCUGGAGGUCAAGGAUCCUGAGAGAACGAGGCAGGUUUACCAGGCAUGUCUGGACCUGAUCCCUCACAAGAAGUUCACCUUUGCUAAAAUUUGGCUGCUCUACGCUCAGUUUGAGAUCCGUCAGAAGAACCUGCAGGGAGCCAGAAAGGUGAUGGGCUCGGCCAUUGGAAAAUGUCCCAAGAACAAACUGCUGAAAGGCUACAUCGAGUUGGAGCUGCAGCUGCGGGAGUUCGACCGCUGCAGGAAGCUGUACGAGAAGUAUCUGGAGUUCAGUCCGGAGAACUGCACCACCUGGAUCAAGUUUGCCGAGCUGGAGACCAUCCUGGGAGACGUGGACAGAGCUCGGGCCAUCUUUGAGCUGGCCAUCGGACAGCCGCGGCUGGACAUGCCGGAGGUUCUGUGGAAGUCCUACAUCGACUUUGAGAUCGAACAAGAAGAGUUUGAGAAGACGAGAGACCUUUACAAGAGGCUGCUGCAGCGUACCCAGCACGUCAAGGUCUGGAUCAGUUAUGCUAAGUUCGAGCUGUCCAUCGAGGACGGCGAGCGGCUGCAGAAGUGCCGGCAGAUCUACGAGGAGGCCAACAAGAGCUUGAGAAGCUGCGAGGAGAAGGAGGAGCGUCUGAUGCUGCUGGAGUCCUGGAGGGACUUUGAAAAGGAGUUUGGCUCUGAGAGCAGUAGAGAGCGGGUCAGGAAGCUGCUGCCCGAGAAGGUGAAGAAGAGGAGGAAGCUGACGGCCGAGGACGGGUCGGACGCAGGCUGGGAGGAGUACUACGACUACAUCUUCCCUGAGGACGCCGCUAACCAGCCCAACCUCAAACUGCUGGCCAUGGCCAAGAUGUGGAAGAAGCAGCAGGUCCAGGACGACGGCGAGAAGCUGCCAGAGAAGAGUCAGGUGGUCGAGGACGCCACGUCGGCGUCUGCUGAGGAAGCUGCAGCUGAAAACACGUCCAGCAGGAUGACUGAGACGGAGCAGGACAAUGGGGACGACAGCAGCAGCAGUGAAAGCGUUGCCAUUGAAGAUGAUGAUGAUGGACAGAAAAAGCAGAGCAGUGAAGAUGAGAAAAAGUAGACUUGGUGACAUUUUUCAUCCCGUUUAUUCAUGAAGCUCCUGAUGAGAAAGUCAGAAAAUAAAGUUUUUUUUAUUUAGAA